AUGUUUUAUCGAGUUCGCGAUUGCCCAUAUCGUGUUAUUUCUCUCUAUAAUAGUAAAAAAACUGGUAUUUUCAAAGAACCGAAUCGUGAUCUCAUUCGUGCUGAACUUUCUGCCCUGAGACCUGGCGACUUGCCAACUGCUAUAAAAGGACAUCGUGAAUGGAAUAAAAUUAAUGACUGUUAUACACUUGAUUUAUCCCCAGCCGUGGAGACUUAUAUUGAGGUUGAAUAUCAAAGACGCUUAUCAGCUAAAUAUUUUCCUGAAAUUCUUUGCAGUCUCAUUGUUAGUACUGGAGCGACACUUGAGUUAAUUUCAGCAAAAGAUACCGAAAAAGUCAACAAAAAUAAAAUUUCUCAUACUAUUAAGAAUAUUGAGAAAAAAAUUAAAGGUGAAGAUGCAGAAGCAAUAUUCAAUGCACCUGAUAUUAGUCCCGAUGAAGCUGAAACUCUUAAGCAAAAUCCUAUACGCUCUUUUACUGAUAAUAUGACUCUACAACGACAUUAUUUGUGGAAAAUAUAUGCUUCAGAUGAUAUCGGAGAUAAUGGAGCUGGUUUUGAGACUCAAGAAGGAAUAAUGGCUAUAAAAUUGAACGAUCCUAAUUAUCACCCUACAGUUCCAAUUCUUCCACCAUAUAAAUCUGAAUCGGUCAAUGAAACUCAAGAACUUUUCGAUUCUAUACCCAUUACUACUGAUAUUUCAGAGGAAGUAAAGCUUCGAUGCUCUGCACCAUCCAUAUCAAUUCAAAAUCAAUCAAACGAUUCUAAGCAAUUUUCAAACAUUAUCGAAAUUAAAGAAAUACCUGAAUCCUUAAUUUCUUUAUCUUUAGAAUGUCUUAUCAAAAACGAUUCUGAUAUUGAUACUCUUAUCUUUUAUUUACAAGAAAAAUUCCAAAUGUCGAAAGAAAAAUUAGAACAAUGGCGGGCCAAGAUUGCCUUCGAAAUGCGGGAUAACCAUAACUAUUGGAAAAAAGAGCGCGAAAGUAUGAAUGAGGCCGAUUUCUUAGAAUAUAAACGAAAUUUUGAGGCUAAAAUAAAAGUUUCUACUACUCCGCACAAAAAAGAGCUGAAAAGUAAAUCUUGGCUCUUAUCGAAUAUACUGUAUAUAACCUAG